UUUCAGAUCUGUGCAGAAACUAGUUCUACCAAGAAGCAGCCAAUACACAUUCCAACAUAAUGUGCCGACUAAGGUGGUACUGAUUCCAGGAAAAAAUAUGGUCGACCCAUAUGAUGUAUUUGCCGAAACGUACGCCCUGUCGGAAGUGAAUUACUCAUCGAGCACAAACCUGUUUAUUCAAGAGAAAACGAAAGCAUACAAAAGAAGGAAAAUGACCAGUAGCUCAGGAAGGAAAAAGAACUACAUUGACGUUGAAGUGAAAACUUCCCUUUCGAAAUCACCGACUUUGAUUUCCGAUAACACUUUAAAAGCAAGUUCCCCGAGCUCCCUCAACGUUAUAUACGAAGACGAACGGAAUGUAGGAAAUCCACCACGUCGAGGGAAUAAAAAGAGUCCCCGUUUCGGAAAUGAUUCGUCAGCGGGAUAACAAUUAGAUAACAAUUUUUUUACAACUGCAUUACUUAUAUUCAGUCCUGU